CAUAAAGAUCUCUCUCUCUCUCUCUUUCAAUCCGACUAUUUCUUUUUUCUGCUGUAGCAAGUGACCUUUCAACCUGGGAUUUGUUUGCAUUACGGCUUCACUUUGUCCAUGGCACAAAACAGCAUUGAUUGUUAGUGUUUACCGGGGAUGGUAAACAGUAGGUAUAAUUGUGUGGAAUUAAGCCAGUAUCUGAUAGCACAGACUGGGGUUCAACAGUCCCAUAAGAGUCCAACUGAUUCCGAACUAAUUUUUUACAACAUCCGAGGUGUUAUCUCAGAUAUUGCCAACAAGCUACACUUUAAACACUUUCUGAAGCCAUUACAUUCAGUAACCUCACAUCUUCUCAUUAGCCUGUUCUUUUGUGAUUGAAGGAUGGCUCAUGGUAAUGGUCGCAUGUCGUAACAUCGUUCCCGUGUCAUGGUAUAUUUGAUUCCCUCCUCCAACAGUCUAGCAAAUGAAUCCAGCAUGUCACAUUGCCACAUCGAGAGCCUCCCAUUUGUGCGGAGUACCAGGGGUCUCUUAAACACUGCCCACUCUUAGUGCCACAUCCUUUUUCCUGAAGACCUUCAAGACCCUUCUCAAGCAUAAGAGCUUUUAGCUAGCCUGCGCUAAUGUGUAGAGUAAUAGCUACUCCCUGAAUCUUGAUGGCCCCUGGAAGCUGACUGAAUUUGUGCACAACAGCAUCUACAGUGCUGUAAAUUCCCCUUUUUAUAUCUAUUCUUGUGUGCUUCCACCUCUAAUCUAGUCUUAUUACAUCUCUCCCCUUCUAUUCUCUUUCUCAUAUGGCCUUUCAAUUUUAGCGUGAUUAGUAAGGUGGAGGAUAUUAUCUGUUCUGGGCAGAGACGUGAUGGAAUAUUAUGGAACAAGACUAAUAUUACAAUUAUGCAGUGCUUUACAACUAGAGACAAAAACGGAAUACUCCUACGAUAUCAUCAUAGAUCUAGUGUAAAUAAUUUCCAAGGCAUCUAAAAGUCUAAAUACGUUUUACGACAAGAACUUUUCUUGUUUUAGACAUUUAUGCGCAUUUGAGAACAGUUUCUCCUGCGGCGUCUACGGUUAGGGUUCAGCUAGCAGGUCAUAGAUCAGCAUGAAAGGGCGACGUCAGUGUCCACACAGCAUUAGAUACUGUUUAUCUGUUGGCAGACUAUCCCACUGAUCCUCUCUUUACCGCUAGACCCCAGGACAUCUGUAAUCCACAGAAGUGACAUAUGAAGCCCAGUUGAUUUCUUUUUUUUUUUUUUUUUUUUUUUUGCCUUGUUUGUUGAUAUUGCAUCUGAAUUGCUAAUUUAUUUGGGCCAACAACUUUGGUCCUUUGAAUAAAUGUAUGCUUUAACUGCGGGAUGGAUUAAAGUUAUACAAACCCUCUCGCAGUCAGUUAUGCAAACCACAACAGCAGCUUAUGAAUGACUGACACAUCUUGGAAACAGCCCUGCCUGAAUUUAUCCUGAGCGAAACACAUUAAAUUGAAUAGAAAUGCACCUCUGUGUCAUCUGUCUUUCCGGUAGACAAAACUACCCACUAAAGUGCCAUGUUAAUUGCAUCAAAAAAGUCAAUUUGAGCUCAUAAAAAAAACAAAGUGUUUAUGCAAUCAGGUGUGUGAUACUGUUGAAAUACACUCUCUCAUAAGAAGUGAUGAGAAAAAAAAGUUCAACCUAAACUGAGUUUAGCCCCACAAAGUCCUAUUACAAGCAUUUUCUGUUAUUAUAAUUACAUAAAGUCUCAAAUCUCUCCCAGUUUUACACUGCAGAGAUAAUUCAAAGUCUACUGAAAUUACUAUAGGCAAAGAGUGAAAUCUUAACUGAUGUAGCUAUACAGUGCAGCGUUAAAAUGAGGCAAAGAGAUGCUGAAUAUGAGCUGACUGAUCACACUGAGUAGGUCCUCAGAAGCUAACAUGACAAAGUUGCAAUCGGUUACUAUCGGAAUUUAACUCGUGCUUCAAAUGCAACAAAAUCUGUUCUGGCAAUAUAGCCAAUUGAAAUUAAUAAGUAGCUAUUCUCUUUCAUUUGCUUCUUUUAUCGUAAUCAUGUAUGCUGAGGGAGAGAAGGAAAAACAGGUGAGCACAUUGCCUUUUUUCGCCUUCAAGAUAACGUAACGUGUGUUUAUGUUGAAAAAGUUUUCGCGGUCUUUUUGUAAAUGUAUUCCUCUCUUUUUCUACCCCAAGUUUUAAUGAUGGCCAUUGGCAACAACUUAAUAUUUGCGUAAAAUCAAGUCAAGAAUGUCUGUGGACAUCUAAGAUUUAAUAUGAUAUCCGAUAUGAAAUGUGAGCUCUGCGCCUGGCUGUAUGCCUCACGACACGCAAACGAGUCCAAGACAUUAAAUGAUUAUGAGUGUCCAGCAGAAAGGUGAAAGAGAGAUCAGAGGUGGCGGUGUUAAUAAACAGGUUUCCUCUACACCUAAGAGGCGUUUUCCUUCUCCAAACACUAUUGCUUUAAUGUCGUGAUGUAUUUUUCCACUAAGCUCGAACACCGAGCAUGCCUUUGGGGAAAGAUGCUCACGUAACAAAAUAAGUUGGAGCACCUGUUUUGGAAAAGAAGUUCAUGGCAGCAAAAAUCCUGCCUUCCCCAGUCAUUUAUACACCCACAAAAACAUUUGCUUGCGACAUGGAAACUGAUUGAACAACACGCCUUUCCUUUUGUCCUCGAUCAAGGAAAAGAAAAGGGCUGGUUGACUCUAAACUUGAAGAAAAGUUUUUUUUUUUUUUUUUUUUUUUUCGGUUAUGAAUAAAAACAUAAUGCAGCCAAAGUUUGAGGAAUAUUGUCGUAUUACACGGAGAAAAUACUCGAUAACAAUCUUGAGGGAUGCAUUAAAAAUAUUAAAUACAGCAACCUCGUUGAAUAUGCGUAAAUCGAAGAUAAUAUUCGAAGACAAUAAUACUGAUAAUAAUAAUAAAUAUAGUAGGCAAUAAAAGGCCUGCAACUAAUACUGUUAAUUAAUAUAAUAUGAACAAUAUUAAAUAUAAGUAUAAAUAGGCGAAUCGUUAAGUACAGAAGUUUUACCAAUAUUGUUACAGUAAAUAACCUCAUUUAUAUCAAACAGCUGCGUUGAUGUCAUUUACAGUGACAUCCCAAACAUGCUUUGGAAUGAAGAAGCCCACUGAAAUGCGCUUUGGAGGAUUCUGAAAUUUUUUUUUUUUUUUUUUUUUUUGGAAUAGCAGAAGAGAAAACACGUCUGGUACCACAUGAACUGAUCGGUUUAUUUUAUAUGCAAUGUAUUGCAACCACGAUUUGUUUUGUAUGAAUAAAGGUAUUUUAAUCGUUACUCACGAAACUGCAAGGUCCCAUCACAUUUCGUUCAAAUGAGCAUCAGAGACAGGUUUAAGCACAUGAAUAAAAGAGAAAAACGUUCACUUGAAAUUUACUACUGAAAAAGAGUAAAUAUGGGAGUGUUUGAAUAUGCGUAUUUUGAAAUUUAAUAAAUACUUUACAGAAAAGUAGGUUAAGGCUUUGAGAAAUCUGCUUUAAUUUUGAGGAACAUGGUAGGGUGGUGACAUUUCAUUGGCUAAUAGCUUUCUAAAUAAUGUGCCAAAUAAGUAUUUUUAUUUGAGCAUGGUAGCUCAUAUUUAUGAGCUGCACAGAUAUAGUGAAUUCAAGUUCAUUAGAAGCCUUAAUGUUCGAUCUGCAUACACAAAGUUUUCUGUGAAUUAAAAAGUUUGCCACACCUACAGAAACUAUUCUAUUCUGUUUUUCAAACUGAUAUAGCCUAUCUAUAGUCAAAAGGUAAGAGAACAUUAUACAUUAUAUAUUAGAAGUUAUUUUUUUAUAAUGCGUGAGUUAUUGAUUGCUCAUGUAUGCACACAUCGGGAAUGUGUACCAUGUUUUACAAUAAGAACCUCUUAAGCGUUUUGUGAUAAUAUGACAGUUCUGUCUCUGUAAGAACAGUACAGGAGCUUUAACCGUAUUCAAAUAACCAUUAGUAAAAACAUGCCAAGGCUUAAGGAUAUUCCAUCGUCAACUGUUGGCUGUGUCGUCGCCUGUGAGUAGGAGGAGGGAUCUAAAAGUAAGUGCAAGGUCUUAAGUAGAAAGAAGCCCAUAUAGCCCAUCUACAACCUUGGCAAGCGAAACUAUUUUCAUGAAGCCAGAUUUUCACAGGCACGCACGAGGUCGAGGCUGCGGUCACUUCACGGGCCCUGCAUACCACAUUUCAUGAAUGUUGUUCCCAGGGUUCUCGACCUGUGCCCAGCUGACAAGCUUUCAAAGAUGGCACAAUAACAGUUCCAGUGAUGCCUGACCAUGACAGCUCAGACCUCUUAAGCAGACAAACCAAGAGAAGAAGAGUUGACAUAGGAGUGAAGAGGACUGUUGGGCCAGCAUCUGUGUUUUUUACCCGAGCAAAAGCAACCUUUCUUAGUGCCAUGAAUCCCCACAGCUCCGAGCAGGAUAUGGAGUGUUCAGUUGUGCAGCACGCAGAUGGUGAGAAGUCCAAUGUGCUUCGCAAACUGUUGAAGAGGGCGAACUCUUACGAAGACGCUAUGAUGCCAUUUCCAGGGGCAACCAUCAUCUCUCAGCUUCUGAAAAACAAUUUGACCAAAAACAGUGGCAGUGAGUCUAAUUUCCAGGGGAGCGUCCUCUCGAGCACUGGCUCAGAGAUACAGCAAGAGGAUGCUUGCAGCAACUCCUCGCGGGGCAGCCCUCAGGAGUGCCUUUCACCAUUCAACAGGCCCUCCAUGACCCAAUUUGAAAUGGAGAGGCUAACAGAUGAGCAUCUCAGGGCCAAACGAGCCCGCGUGGAGAAUAUCAUCCGUGGGAUGAGCCAUUCUCCAAGUGUCACGCUCCGCGCAGGUGAUAACGAUCGUGAGGGGGGAGCCCAGCCCCCUAGUCCUCGUGAGAACUACCGGGAAAACAAGCGCAAGCAGAAGUUGCCACAGCAGCAGCAGCAGAGUUUCCAGCAGCUCGUCUCGGCCCGCAAAGAACAGAAACACGAGGAACGCCGGCAACUGAAACUGCAGCUUGAAGACAUGCAGAAACAACUUCGGCAACUGCAAGAGAAGUUUUACCAGAUUUAUGACAGCACUGACUCUGAGAACGAUGAAGAUGGAAACAUCUCCGAAGAUAGCAUGCGUUCCGAUGGAAUGGACAAUCGUGUCCACGACUCUGUCCCAGAUCGCUCCGACAACGAGAUGUCGGACCUGGAUCCAGGGCACUUCCUGGAUCGAGCACGUGCACUUCUUCGUGAGCAGUCCAUGUUGACGGAGGGAGACAAGCCCAAGCACAAUGGGUCACGAGGCAAGGGACCAACCUCCAUGCAUGCAGAGGGUAAACAGUUAGCAGAGACACUAAAACAAGAACUAAACACAGCAAUGUCCCAGGUAGUUGACACAGUGGUAAAGGUCUUUGCGAAGCCUCCACGCCCAGUUCCUCAGGUUUUUCCACCCCUGCAGAUGCCCCCUGAUCGUUUCGCAGUCAACGGAGAAAACCCAAACUUCCAUACUGCCAACCAGCGCUUGCAAUGUUUUGGUGAUGUCAUCAUUCCCAAUCCCCUGGACACUUUUGCUAGUAUGCAGAUGCCCAGUUCAAAUGACCAAACAGAGGCCCUGCCUUUGGUAGUUAGAAAGAGCUCCUCAGAUCAAACUGGGUCUCUGCCCACGCCUGGGAGUCACCACCAUCCCUCACUGCACCCCUCUCCCUUAUCUUCCACAAUGGGCUUCAGUCCUCCCUCCUUCCGCCAUCCUUUCCCCCUUCCUCUCAUGGGUUACCCUUUCCAGGGCCCUUUAGGUGCCCCAACAGGGCCUUACCCCGGAAAGGACAGGUCUUCUCCUGAGUCUCUGGAUCUGUCCAGAGAGACCACCAGCCUACGGACCAAGAUGUCGUCCAGCCAUCUCAGCCACCAUCGUUCCAUCUCACCAACACACCCAGGGAAUGAAGGCUUGUCCUUGUCCCUCAUCAAGUCCGAGUGUGGAGACCUGCAGGACAUGUCUGACAUCUCGCCAUAUUCAGGAAGUACAAUCCAAGAGGGGCUUUCUCCGAACCAUCUGAAGAAGGCCAAGCUGAUGUUCUUUUACACUCGCUACCCCAGCUCCAACAUGCUGAAGAUGUUCUUCUCAGAUGUGAAGUUCAAUCGCUGCAUCACGUCUCAGCUGAUCAAGUGGUUCAGUAACUUCCGUGAGUUCUACUACAUCCAGAUGGAAAAGUUUGCCCGGCAGGCCAUCAAUGACGGUGUGACAGGAGUAGAAGAGCUGAGCGUCAGCCGCGACUGUGAGCUUUUCCGCGCUCUCAACAUGCACUACAACAAGGCCAACGAUUUUGAGGUUCCGGAGCGAUUCCUGGAAGUGGCACAGAUCACGUUACGGGAGUUUUUCAAUGCCAUUGUGGCAGGCAAAGAUGUUGAUCCUUCCUGGAAGAAGGCCAUUUACAAGGUCAUCUGCAAGCUGGACAGUGAGGUCCCAGAGAUUUUCAAAUCUCCCAACUGUCUGCAGGAGCUUCUGCAUGAGUAGAUUUCAAUCACUUACCAAGUAUCAUCAUCCCUUCUUUUCCAGAAUCUUUAUGAAGUAAGAGGUAGCAUUCCUAUUUUUAAGUCCCAGCUACUUUUGAAUGACUUAGCUGUUAAUUUUUUUGUGCUUCUUUUUUGGGAAAGUCUAUAAAAAUCUUGAUUUUUUUUUUUUUACUGUAUUCAAUCCUUCCUCCCUUUUUCCUGCCUUUAAAAUGGUAAUUACUAUGUUUACCAUGCAAUGGUUAACAAAUGGAACUGACACCCUGAAUUUCUCUCUUUUAUUGGUUAUUUUGUUGAGGGUUUUGUUUUAUCCCUGGAUGUUUGCAAUGUGUGACAGUUUUAAGAUGUAUUGCUGAAUAAGACUUGCAUUUGUAGCUUGUAUAGAUGUAAUUAUUAUUUAUGAUUAAUAUAAUUAUUACCAUUAAUGUUAUUAAUGCUUGCUGCAAAAAAAACAACAAAAGGAAGACAUGACAAGACAAAAAAAAUGACAUGUGGUAUUCUUGUUUCUCAUGGCAAUGCUACAUAAAAUAAAUUAUUCUUUGGACAAAAAAAAUAAUAAUAAAGAGGGAUAUACAUUUUCUAUGUGGGAAAUUCAUAUAUAUAUAUAUAAUAUAUAUAUUUGACGUUAUUCUUGAAAGGAACAGCAUUAACUGUUUUUUUGUUUUUUGUUGUUUUGUUUAGCCAUUCUUCCUUGUUGGCUAGGGUCCAAUGUUCUUGUGUUUUGUGUCCACAUUGAUAGCACUGGCUCUAGGGAGGGAGGCCUACUCGUAGGUUUUUCCUUGACGGAGCAGCCUCUCCUGUAACUAAGCAACAUGGCCAUUUCAUUCUGGGGCAAGCCAGUUCGGCACAAAAAAGAUGGACGCCUUCCCACUGAGAAACCAUUCUUUCUUAUAAAAAGCACACUGUCAAAACUGCUCAUAUAAACACAUGCACACAUACAAACACAUACCAAAAUAAACAUCCCUCUCAUACAUACACUCUCAUAAUUCACAAGCACUCACUCCGUCAAACACGUCCUCUAUGGCGUCAAGACAGGAUAAUUGUUUUUGUUGAUUUUGUCCUCCUGCUAGCUGGGAACACCUCUAUAAUUGGACUGUAAAUUCUGUAGACUUGAGUUUGGUUUACACAAUAAAGAUUUUGACUGAGAAUAAUUUGAGAUUAGCGAAGAUUUUAAAAAAAGGUUGUUUUUUGUACUUACUGGAUUGUACAUAGUUUAUUUGUUAGAAGUGUACAGAUUUGCUUAAUAUUUACAAUAAUCCAAUUAAGCUAUGGCAGUGUACAGUUUAUCAGUAGUAAAAAUUUCAUGUGAGUUUCAUGCUAGAGAAACUUUAUAUGUUGAUUUAAAUUGUACUUUUAUAUAAUUCAUAUGAAGUUCUUUGAUUUGAAGUUGUCUCCUUACGCUUUCUAAAAAAGUAUACUAGUCAAAGGAUUCACAUUUUUGUAGUUAAGCCUGCUAAGGGAUCUAUGUAAUGUAACCAAUUACAUGUCCCAGAAACAAUUAGCUUACCCUAGACAUAUAAAGAAAUAAGAACAGUUUAUGCUUAAAAAGAAAAAAGGGCCUUUGGACUCUUUGUGCAUCCAUCCCUAGUUCAUAAAUAAGAGUCGGCAGUAGAGGGCAAGUGCUGGACAUGUGAUCUGCUCUGGAAGCCUGUGCCGUUUGCAUUGGGCAAAUCCAGCUGAUGAAUUGAAACGCAGGCCGGCAAUUAUUGUCAGCACAAUGCCUUAAAAAACCUGCUGACUUCUAGAUUAAUGGGCACAAAAGAGCAUGAGGUGCUGUCAUUCUGUCGCCAGGGCUGGCAUCAUCCACAGCCCGCGGACAACGCACAAAACGCCAAGCCAUUCACUAUGCAUUGUAAAGAGGAGGAAAAACAAAACCAAAACAAAGUUAGGAGUUAAAAAGAAAGCGUUUUGGCCCUAUUCAAUUCUCAAGUCUCUUGCAAGGCUGUGCUGACGUACAUUCUACUUUACAUGCAUUGUGAUAAAUAAACAAUUCUUUUAAAGUUGUAAGGAAUUUUGUGUCAUAAUGAAAGAAAUAAUUAAUUCAUUUUAUUGGUAAUGUUUUGCAACAUUUUUCAUCCAACUAAUGAUGGUUGUGUCUUAAUGAGGUAUUUCCGUUUUUGCAUAAAGUGUUGAUUAGCCAUAUUCAGCUGUUGCGGUGUAAAUAUCCAUACAAACAGGCAUUGUGUACUUCACACACAUAAUGAAUCUGAUAAUUGCCUGUGCCUAAUGUUGGAAACACCAGCAGUUUUUUCCAAAAGAAUUGAUAACAUAAAAUGUAACAUAAAUACUAUAAUUUGACUCUAGAUUCUUAUGUAUUGACGUAAUAAUGUCGAUAGGCCUAGACUGUACACUGGAAAAUUUAACACAAAUUGAAAUAGCAGGAUAUCUUUUUCUAGGUUUAAAACAAAAUGCCCUAAACAGUAGGUUCUUGUUAAUUAUCUACACACAGAGACCUGGAAAAAUUACUUUGACAGCCCUUUUAAAGAAGCAGAGUGUUUCUAAGAAUGACACUAUAGUUCCCCAUGAAUCUGAUGUACUUUAAGCCAUUUAACGUAGCUCAGAGGUAAUAUGUCAGCAUAAGUGCAGGUGUGUGUGCUUGUGUGUGUGAAUACAAACAUGAUAGAUAGUUUUAGCUCCCAUUUCUGGUUAAUAUUCUUUAUGUAUUGUUUCUCAUUUUAAUUGUCAUUAUUUUUUUUUAUUUUUUUUUAAUCACUGUACUGCAUCUUUGAAGGAAACCAGAGGCAGGAUGCAUUCGACAUCUAAAUUCCUUCUUGAUGUAAUUGCUGUUGUACUUCUAGAAGUGUUGAGAUUUUUUAAAUGUUUUGAGUGGUGACAUUUGGUUGUUUAUAUUUUUACAACCCUUCACAAGGGCGUAGAUUUGGCCUGAACAUUGCAACGUGAAGCAUUUACCAAUGUUUCCAUUGAUCAUGAUAUAAAUAUUGGGGGUGUUGUACUUGCUUGUUUUGAUUGUUGGGGGGGUUACCUCUCCUCCACCCCCCCCCCCCCACCCCCAAACAACCCCCCCCCAAAACACACCCGGAAUCUAUGCCCCUGCCCCUUCAUCUCACCAACACUUCAGGGUUGCCCAUCAAAGGUGUUCUCGAUCAGUCUACAUUAAUUUGGUAAUAGAAAUUAGAUGGACUUGUUCGCGUUGUAACACAGGGUCAUUUGCCGUGUAGCUUUGUGUUAGUCCAAAAUCCUAAAUGUAGCUGAUGUGUACAUUUUGCACUCCUUUAAGGUCAAUUGUUCUGGGCACUAUAGAGUUUCAUAAAAAAUGCCAACUCUCGGAAUAACCUUGAUUCUUGUUUGGAUAUACAGUACAUAUUCAUCUCACUUGUGCUGCACUAUUGGGCUUCUACAUAUUAGGAGAAUCUUUUUAGUUGUUUUCAUGAACUGAAAAAAAAUUUCAUGUAGUGAUCACAAAUCUGUAAAAAUCUGAAUCAGUUGCCAAACAUGGUUUUGGACUGUUUUUUAUAACAAAGAAAGACAAGUUACAAAGAGAUAGAAAGCCACUUUGUAUAUGAUUAUACAUUUCUGGGAGGGGAACAAUUAUUUGUACUGAAUGCAAUGUGUUGUACAAGAUUCUUGACACUUUGUAGAUUUGAUGCUGUAUUUAUGAGAUGUGUGCUCCCUGAAGGGUUUUAAACAUGACUUCACUGGCUUAGACAUGUAUGUAAACACGAACAGGAAAUGAGAAAACACUGCCUUUCUAUGAUUUAGCAAUAUGAUGUAAAUAGCAUUGUUAUGCUUUUUUUGUAUGAGAGAAUUCUUUGAUUCUAGUAUGGUAAUUCCAGCUGAUACUGUUACAAUUUUCUUUGAUAUGUUUUGAAGGAUACUCAUGACUUAAUUGAUCUGUACACAUACAUUGUUAACGGGAUAGCGUUGUGGAUUUUGUUGUCAAUUUGUCAUGCAGAAGUUUCAUAAUUUAUUGGUUUAAUUUAUCAUAAUUUAUUUGGUGAUGGUGUACAAUUUUGGUAUUUCUGGGGAUGUACUGUAAUAUAAUUUGGUAGAACGAGACAACAUAACGCCCUCAUAAGCUCCUCUGUAAAGACAUAAAGAGACACUUAUGUCUAGGUAGCCAUUGUUAUUUCAGAAACUGUAGUCAAAAGAGAUGCUUGAUGAAAAAAAAAAUAAGUUCAACAAAACUUUUCUUCUAUUUUGUUUGGAAGGUGAAAAAUGUGUGUUUUAAAGUUUUUAUUUCUUAUCACUUAAUCAGACUUUUACCUUUGCUUUUUACCACCUACACAAUACAGUAGUCAAAGUGCCUCGUGUGCCUUCCAUCUCCUCAGAACUGAAUGUAUGUGCAGUAUAUAUGCAAGCUUGUGCAAAAUAAAAACUAAGUCCUAGA